GAUCUAAUAACCAGUUUGACAAGAAAUUUAUAUACAAACAAUAAUUUAGAUGAAUAUCAUCAUGACGACAAACAUCAUCCCAAUUUUUGAAUUCGUACGAGUACUCGAAAAGAAUGUAAGCAUCCUCAGGAUGGAGAAUCAUAAUUCGGACAUCGACCUCAAGUUCCGUGAUAAACUCGAAUUGUUUGGUAAAUUAUCGUGCAAUCUGACGGGCAAACUCGAAUCAUUGUUAUAUUUAUCGGAGAAUUACACCUCCACGAGCAACGAUUUUAAACAGUUCACGAAUGGGAUUGUCGGUUUAUGGAUUUCCGUGAAUAAGCAGAUCUAUGAUAAAUGCUCCAAGAUUCGAAUGGCUAGUCGCACACAAUCGGGAGUACCGUUAUCGUUGCUCCUUAAAAAGAUAAAGAAAGAGAAAUCUUUAACAAGGGAGUCACUACAUGUUCACGAGGGCGAGUAUAGUCGCGAACAGCUCGUGAAGUGUUACGUUUUGCUCGAUGAAAUUGACGAUCUGAUUAACAGUCUGGAAAGGUGUGACGACAAGUUGCAACAUUAUUUAGCUGUACUGAAGUUGACUCCAUUCCUUGUUAAGCUAGAAUCUGUCGUGGACGCGUAUGUCUCCAGCAUUGAGAUAUCACCGAUCAACAAAUCCGAAUGUUUGAAACUAGAUGCUUUUGCAAUCGUCGCGAAACUUCUCACCGGCGAGUUGUUAGAUAAUGAACCAAUGGAUCCGUAUCAUGUGCUAAUGGAUAACGUGCCUAAGAAACCAGUUUUCAUCAUAAAAACCAAACGCAGACUGGACGUGCCAUCAAUAUCGAUCUCGGAAACGACAUGAAAAUUGCGAAAUGGCAUGUCCUACGCGAGUAGAGUAGCACCGGAAGAGAAUUUUAUUACAAAUAACUAUGAUGUAUUUAGAUAUUUUGUAUUUCAGUAAUAACUUUUGGCAACGUGCGUGUCGCAAACAUCAGCGCGCGUUGAACAAAUAAAAUUUCGAGAAAUGG